UGUCACUGUCGGGUGGGUACCAGCUGCACUACUUGAAGGGACCGUUCCCCUCUUGUCUUUCUCUGUGCUGUGUUUACAAAUUGGUGGAUAAUGUCGAAGCCGUUGUCAGACCACGAGAAGAAGAAGCAGAUCUCCGUGCGCGGCCUAGCUGGAGUCGAAAAUGUCGCUGACCUCAAGACAAACUUCAACCGCCACCUGCACUUCACACUGGUGAAAGACAGAAACGUAGCCACAAAGAGGGACUACUAUUACGCUCUCGCGAACACUGUGCGUGAUCACGUCGUUGGAAGAUGGAUCAGGACACAGCAGCACUACUACGAGAAAGACCCCAAGAGGGUGUACUACCUCUCCCUGGAGUUCUACAUGGGUCGCACCCUUCAGAACACCAUGGUGAACUUGGCCCUGGAGAAUGCCUGUGAUGAGGCCAUGUACCAGAUGGGUCUGGAGAUGGAGGAGCUGGAGGAAAUUGAGGAGGAUGCCGGUCUGGGAAACGGUGGUCUGGGUCGUCUGGCUGCCUGCUUCCUGGACUCCAUGGCCUCCCUGGGUCUCGCUGCCUAUGGCUAUGGCAUCCGCUACGAGUUCGGUAUCUUCAACCAGAAGAUCUCCAAGUCUGGCUAUCAGAUUGAGGAGGCAGAUGACUGGCUGCGCUAUGGCAACCCUUGGGAGAAGGCCCGUCCAGAGUACAUGAGGCCAGUCCACUACUACGGCAGGACAGAGCACACCCCCGACGGCGUCAAAUGGGUCGACACUCAGGUUGUUCUGGCCUUGCCAUAUGACACUCCAGUGCCUGGAUACAGAAACAACAUUGUCAACACCAUGAGACUGUGGUCUGCCAAGGCCCCCUGUGAAUUCAACCUGAAAGACUUCAACGUUGGUGGUUACAUUCAGGCUGUGCUGGACAGAAAUCUGGCUGAGAACAUCUCCCGCGUCCUGUACCCUAAUGAUAACUUCUUCGAGGGUAAGGAGCUGCGUCUGAAGCAGGAGUACUUUGUGGUGGCCGCCACACUGCAGGACAUCAUUCGCCGCUUCAAGGUCUCCAAGUUCGGCUCCAGGGAGAUCGCCAGGACCAACUUCCAAGAGCUGCCCAACAAGGUGGCCAUCCAGCUGAACGACACCCACCCUGCGCUGGCCAUCCCAGAGCUGAUGAGAGUGCUGGUGGACGACGAGAAACUGGCAUGGGACGAGGCCUGGGAUAUCUGUGUGCGCACAUGUGCCUACACCAACCACACAGUGUUGCCAGAGGCCCUGGAGCGCUGGCCCAUUGAUCUCUUCGCCAAGCUGCUGCCUCGCCACCUCGAGAUCGUCUAUGAGAUCAACAGGCGCCACAUGGAGCGUGUUGCUUCUCUGUACCCUGGUGAUUUCGAUCGCAUGAGGCGUAUGUCCCUUAUUGAGGAGGGUGGCGGCAAGAGAGUCAACAUGGCUCACCUGUGUAUCGUUGGUGCCCACGCCGUCAAUGGAGUGGCUCGCAUUCACUCAGACAUCCUCAAAGCUACUGUGUUUAAGGACUUCUAUGAAAUGGACCCCCACAAGUUCCAGAACAAGACCAAUGGCAUCACUCCACGUCGCUGGCUGGUCAUGUGCAACCCAGGCCUGGCUGAAGUCAUUGCAGAGAAAAUCGGAGAGGAUUUCAUCCGUGAUCUUGACCAGCUGAGAAAACUGGAGGCGUUUGUGAAUGAUGAUGGAUUCAUCCGUGAUAUUGCCGCCAUCAAGCAGGAGAACAAGAUGAAGUUUGCCGUGCACCUUGAGGAGCACUACAAAGUCAAGAUCAACCCCAACUCCAUGUUUGACAUCCAAGUCAAGAGAAUCCACGAGUACAAGAGGCAGCUGCUGAACUGCCUGCACAUCAUCACCUUCUACAACCGCAUCAAGAAGGAGCCAAACAAGGCAUGGGUGCCUAGGACCAUCAUGAUCGGUGGCAAGGCUGCCCCUGGCUACCACACGGCUAAGAUGAUCAUCCGCCUCAUCACGGCCAUCGGCGAGGUGGUCAACAACGACCCCGUGGUGGGCGACCGCCUCAAGGUCAUCUUCCUGGAGAACUACAGGGUCACUCUGGCCGAGAAAGCCAUUCCCGCUGCCGACCUGUCCGAGCAGAUCUCCACAGCCGGCACAGAGGCCUCUGGCACUGGCAACAUGAAGUUCAUGCUGAACGGUGCCCUUACCAUUGGUACCAUGGACGGUGCCAACGUGGAGAUGAAUGAGGAGGCUGGCGAGGGCAAUCUCUUCAUCUUCGGCAUGAGAGUGGAGGACGUAGAUGAAAUGGAUAAGAAGGGUUACAACGCUCACGACUACUACAGCCGUAUCCCUGAGCUGAAGCAGUGCAUGGACCAGAUCUCCGGAGGUUACUUCAGCCCCAAGGAGCCUGGUCUCUUCAAGGACAUCGUGGACCUGCUGAUGUACCACGACAGGUUCAAGGUGUUUGCUGAUUAUGAAGAUUACAUUAAAUGUCAAGACCAUGUCAGCGCUGUCUACAAGAACCCCAAGGUAUGGACCAAGAAGGUGAUCUACAACAUUGCUGGCAGCGGCAAGUUCUCCAGCGACCGCACCAUUUCUCAGUACGCUCGCGAGAUCUGGGGUGUGGAGCCCACACUGGAGAAGAUCGCCGCUCCCGAUGACCCCAAGUGAGAGCCUCGCUGCUCUCCACAUUCACCCGCCCUUUCCUUUGGCCCGCGUACUGCGGCUGUGCAGGUGUAAAAAAAAGCAUCCGGCCCAUCAUGGAAGACCUCUGUUGAGAAGAAGGAGUUGUGGUGUUGCUGCUUUUUGAGCUCUUGGGUGAAUUACGGUCUGUGAAGCUGUACUAUAUAUAUACGACAACCCUGAAUUUCUACAUUAUGUAUGCGUGUGUGCCUCGUUACGGUCGACGUGUGCCAUUCCCUUACUUUAGACUCAACCCUCCACCCAGAUGGACACCAAAGCCAUCUGUCAAUAUUCAACCCAAAACAGUUUAACAGUUGUUCUGCAGGCGCCAGGAAGAAAUUGAAGUUAAAUUUUUAUGGAAGGGAUAGUGUUCCACAUGGACGUCAAUCUUCUUGUGCAAUGCGAUGAAUGCAAAUAUCAGAAAAAAAACAUUGAAAACACCUGUAGUCUUUCAGCCAGGUUAAUAUUCCUGUUUUUAGUCUGCAACCAUUUCAUUUACCAUUAUAACUGACUUACCCCUUUAAAAGUAUGUGUGAGUGUGAGUAUGUAUGAAUGUACUAAACUUAUGCUUGUUGGGAAAUUCAUAAAAGGCAUAACCAGUAGCGUGACAAAGAUGACGAGUUACCACCAAGAAAAUGUCUGUUGAAGCUGUUAUAGUGAACAACUGAUUGUUGUUUUUUUUGUUUUUCAAUAAACUACAGUAAACAAAUCAAAUAUA